UUCUGGACUCCAAACUAUAAAAGUAGUAUUUCAAUUCUGUGAGUAAUGAAGGUUUGUGUGAAAUGUACUCAUGUUAUUUCCUUCUUUCCAAGAAGCCACCUCCACCACAUGGAAUUGAGCAACAAAACACAAAUUUCAGAAUUUUUUCUUCUGGGAUUUUCAGAAGAACCAGAACUACAGCCCCUCAUAUUUGGGCUUUUCCUCUCCAUGUACCUGAUCACUGUGUUUGGAAACCUGCUCAUCAUCUUGGCCAUCAGCACAGACCCCAACCUCCACACGCCCAUGUACUUCUUCCUGGCCAACCUGUCCUUUGUAGACAUCUGCUUCACCUCCACCACUGUCCCAAAGAUGCUCUGGAACAUCCAGACCCAGAGCAAAGUCAUAACCUAUGAGGACUGCAUCGCACAGAUGAACUUCUUCAUAAUCUUUUCAGUGUUGGAUGACUUUCUCCUGAGUGUGAUGGCCUAUGACCGGUUUGUGGCCAUCUGUCACCCCCUGCACUACACAAUCAUCAUGAACCCCCAGCUCUGUGGACUCCUGGUUCUAGUGUCCUGGAUCAUGAGUGUUCUGUAUUCCUUGUUACAAACCUUAAUGGUGUUGCGGCUGUCCUUCUGUACAGAGGUGGAAAUCCCCCACUUUUUCUGUGAACUCAAUCAGAUGAUCCAACUGGCCUGUUCUGACACCUUUCUUAAUGACAUGAUGAUGUAUUUUGCAACUGUGCUGCUGGGUGGUGCUCCCCUGGCUGGGGUCCUUUACUCUUAUUCUAAGAUAGUUUCCUCCAUACGUAGGAUCUCAUCAGCUCUGGGCAAGUAUAAGGCAUUUUCCACCUGUGCAUCUCACCUCUCGGUUGUCUCUCUAUUUUAUUGUACUGGCCUGGGAGUGUACCUCAGCUCUGCUGCUACCCAGAGCUCACACUCAAGUGCCACAGCCUCGGUGAUGUACACGAUGGUCACGCCCAUGCUGAACCCGUUCAUCUACAGCCUGAGGAACAGAAACAUAAAGGGCGCUCUGAGGAGAUUCUCUGCAAUGGCAGCAAUAAAAGGGCUAAUUGUCUUGGGCUGAAGAAUUUCCCAUGACUGCUGGUCUAAGAGGUUUAGACUCAGAAGUUGUGAUUUUUUAAGCAAAUUCUGUACAUAGAAUUUGCUUCCUUAUUUCCUGGAAGUUUUAUUUUUUUUAACUACUCAGUACAAUUUAGUCAGUCAUUUAUUAAAUUUUUCCCUCUCUCUGAUAUCCAACAAUUUUCCCUUCAUUUUCUUUCUUUAUAUCUAAAUUGAUUCCCAACCUGUGAUAUGGAAAAAAUAGGAAUUCCCAUUUAUCUCAUUGAAUUGCUUGGGUUUCUUACGAAUAAUU